AUGCGUUCCCGUAAAAUAUUAAUGAUUGCCGGGUUUCUGGUCACCUGGACAUUUGUCAUUUUCUAUUUUAUGCCCAAGACAAAUGGUGAAUUCCCCCUGCUCAAAAAUCGACGACAACAUACCAUUGACAAAUUGGAACAAAAUGCCCGUGAGGAAUAUCAUAAAACCGAUAAGUUAAUGAUCAAUUUAUUGGGUAUAUUACAAUCGAAAUAUUUAAAUGAACCUACCGGGGAAGCUGAUGAAGAAUCGCAUAUAGCUAAUAAUAAUCCACAGCAACAACAACAAACUAUUUUAAGUCUACAGGAGCCACCAUCAAAUGACAAGUUGUUACAGGAACAACAACAGCAGGAAGAACAACAGGCUCAGCAAGAAGUCCUCGAGACACCGAAUGAUACACAGGCACCUCAACAGCAUGGCACAGAAGUGCCUACGACCGUAAUAACACGACUUGCAAAUAAUCAACCUGUCAUACCGGUAUUGGUAUUUGCCUGUAAUCGUGUAUCCAUUUCAAAAUGUCUGGAUAAUCUCAUAAAAUAUCGUCCCAGUGCGGAGCAGUUUCCGAUAAUUGUUUCGCAGGAUUGUGGUGAUGAGGCAACGCGUAAUGUCAUCUUGUCAUAUGACAAGGAGGUUAGCCUCAUUGAACAGCCCGAUCAAUCGGAUAUCUUUGUUCCACCCAAGGAAAAGAAAUUCAAGGGAUAUUAUAAAAUUGCACGUCACUAUGGCUGGGCACUGAAUCACACAUUUAGUAAAGGCUAUGAAUUUGUGAUAAUUGUCGAGGAUGAUUUAAAUGUAGCGCCAGAUUUCUAUGAAUACUUCUUGGGUACACAUCAUCUACUCAAGCAAGAUAGUUCACUGUGGUGCGUUUCCGCAUGGAAUGACAAUGGUAAAGCAAAUCUAAUUGAUACCUCGCAUCCAGAAUUGUUAUAUCGUACCGAUUUCUUCCCCGGUCUGGGUUGGAUGUUGACAAAAGAAUUGUGGCAGGAAUUGUCUGUUAAAUGGCCUAAGUCUUUCUGGGACGAUUGGAUCAGACAUCCAGAGCAAAGAAAAAAUCGUGUUUGCAUACGACCGGAAAUAUCGCGGACACAAACAUUUGGCAAAGUUGGAGUAUCAAACGGCCUGUUCUUUGAUAAAUAUCUACGUUACAUAAAAUUAAGUGAAGAAUUUGUUCCAUUUACAAAAAUGAAUUUAAGUUAUCUAUUAAAGGAUAAUUAUGAUCGGACAUUCUUAAAAGAAGUCUACACGUAUCCUGUAGUUACCUAUGAUGAAUUAAGACGAAAUCUCAUAACACGAGAUGGACCCGUACGUAUACAAUAUAAUUCGCGAGAUGUAUACAAGCGGACGACAAAAAUGUUAGGUUUAAUGGAUGAUUUUAAGAGUGGAGUACCACGAACAGCCUACCAUGGCAUUGUUUCAUUUGUACACAAUAAACGACGUGUCUAUUUAGCACCGAAUGUCAAUUGGAAGGGAUACGAUCUAUCCUGGAGCUAACAGAAUUUUAUUAUUUUAAGUUUAUCAUAGUCUUAGUCCAUAUGAAA